GUUGUUAUGGAGUUGAUGGAGAGAGUGACUCUAUUAUGAGUUCAGCUUCUGAAAAUUCCACUGAACCUUGGUUCUGUGAUGCCUGUAAAUGUGGUGUUUCUCCUAGCUGUGAACUAUGUCCUAAUCAGGAUGGAAUUUUCAAGGAGACAGAUGCUGGAAGAUGGGUUCAUAUUGUUUGUGCCCUGUAUGUUCCUGGAGUAGCCUUUGGAGAUAUUGACAAAUUACGACCAGUAACACUCACAGAAAUGAACUAUUCCAAAUAUGGUGCCAAGGAGUGUAGCUUUUGUGAAGACCCUCGCUUUGCUAGAACUGGAGUUUGCAUUAGCUGUGAUGCCGGGAUGUGCAGAGCCUAUUUCCAUGUGACCUGUGCCCAGAAAGAAGGUCUGCUUUCAGAGGCAGCGGCAGAAGAGGAUAUAGCAGAUCCAUUUUUUGCUUAUUGUAAGCAACAUGCAGAUAGAUUAGACAGAAAGUGGAAGAGAAAAAACUACUUGGCUCUCCAGUCCUAUUGUAAAAUGUCUUUGCAAGAGAGAGAGAAACAGCUGUCACCGGAAGCACAGGCAAGGAUCAAUGCCCGGCUUCAGCAAUAUCGUGCCAAAGCAGAGCUAGCUCGAUCCACCAGACCCCAGGCCUGGGUUCCAAGGGAAAAAUUGCCCAGACCACUCACUAGCAGUGCUUCAGCCAUUCGUAAACUGAUGCGGAAAGCAGAGCUAAUGGGGAUCAGUACAGAUAUCUUUCCUGUGGACAAUUCAGACACCAGUUCUAGUGUGGAUGGAAGGAGAAAACAUAAGCAACCAGCCCUCACUGCUGACUUUGUGAAUUAUUAUUUUGAGAGAAAUAUGCGCAUGAUUCAAAUUCAGGAAAAUAUGGCAGAACAAAAGAAUAUAAAGGACAAAUUAGAGAAUGAACAAGAAAAACUUCAUGUGGAAUAUAAUAAGCUCUGUGAAUCUUUAGAAGAACUACAAAACCUGAAUGGAAAACUUCGAAGUGAAGGGCAAGGAAUAUGGGCUCUACUUGGCAGAAUCACAGGGCAGAAGUUGAAUAUACCGGCAAUUUUGCGAGCACCCAAGGAGAGAAAACCAAGUAAAAAAGAAGGAGGGACACAAAAGGCAUCUAUCCUUCCUGCAGUGCUUUAUAGUUGUGGGAUUUGUAAGAAGAACCAUGAUCAACAUCUUCUUCUAUUGUGUGAUACCUGUAAGCUGCAUUACCAUCUCGGAUGUCUGGAUCCUCCUCUCACAAGGAUGCCAAGAAAGACCAAAAACAGUUAUUGGCAGUGCUCAGAAUGUGACCAGGCUGGGAGCAGUGACAUGGAAGCAGACAUGGCCAUGGAAACUUUGCCAGAUGGGACCAAACGAUCAAGGAGACAGAUUAAGGAACCUGUGAAGUUUGUUCCACAGGAUGUGCCGCCAGAACCCAAGAAGAUUCCAGUAAGAAACACGAGAACCAGAGGACGAAAACGAAGCUUCGUUCCUGAAGAAGAGAAACAUGAGGAACGAGUUCCUAGAGAAAGAAGACAAAGACAGUCUGUGUUACAAAAGAAACCCAAGGCUGAAGAUUUAAGAACUGAGUGUGCAACUUGCAAGGGAACUGGAGACAAUGAAAAUCUUGUCAGGUGUGAUGAGUGCAGACUCUGCUACCAUUUUGGCUGUUUGGAUCCUCCUUUGAAAAAGUCUCCUAAGCAAACAGGUUAUGGAUGGAUAUGUCAGGAAUGUGAUUCAUCAUCUUCUAAGGAAGAUGAAAAUGAAGCCGAAAGAAAAAAUAUAUCUCAGGAGCUCAGCAUGGAACAGAAAAAUCCAAAGAAAUAAAAGAUUUUCUGUAGUGUUUUGAAAAGUUUGCAACUUCUGUAGUAGCAGAUAAAAUUUCUAACUGUAAAAUGUUAACUUGUAAAAUCUAAUUUGCAAAAUGUUCUCAAUAAAGUUGUUGAAAAUGAAA